CAGAACUCUGGACAGAGUGCGACUCUUAGGAUGUGCCUGGGGACUGUGCUCCGCGGGGCUCAGAGGAAAUUUUGCGUGAAUAGGAGAAACGGUUCCAAGCAAACAGCCCUUACCAGCACAACUGUGUGACCAGGAGAAGGAAGCUUGAAGCCACAGGAACCACAGGGGAGACUGGGGAGAAGGUACCAUGGCGCUUGGCGUUCAGACCUGCAGAGGGCGGGAAGGGUCGCACCGGCAGGGACCAGAGCGCUUCUAAAGAGGAUCUGUUUGUAUCUGUCACCUCAGGUCUGUGGCAGGGCAGAUGAGAUCAGUUUCCUGGACAACGAAGAAUCCUUCCUUGAAGAGCUAGGAGCCUGAUAAGGGACAGAAAUAAGUAAAAGAAAGUUCUUAGAAGUUCUACCGAGGACCGUGGCUCAGACACCAUCUUAGAUGAGGUAUUUGCAGCUGUGCAUAGUGACUGCCUGGCUGGGAACUCACACUGGAAUUCUGUUCUGCAACAGCAAAGAGUGAAGGUCUCCAAAGAGAUGGAGUACGAUGCUUACAAUGAUUCCAGCAGUUACAAUUAUGAUUACACAGACAUCUUUGACCCCAUUGUGGUAUUGGAGGAGGAGAAUCCACUAGAGGCCACGGUGGCCCGUGUCUUCCUGGUGGUGAUCUACAGCGUGGUAUGCUUCCUUGGGAUCAUAGGCAAUGGCCUGGUGAUUGCCGUUGCCACAUUUAAGAUGAAGAAGACAGUGAACACUGUGUGGUUCGUCAACCUGGCCGUGGCUGAUUUCCUGUUCAACAUCUUCCUGCCCAUCCACAUCACCUACGCCGCUAUGGAUUACCACUGGGUGUUUGGGAAGGCCAUGUGCAAGAUCAGCAGCUUUUUGCUCAGCCACAACAUGUACACCAGCGUCUUCCUGCUCACGGUUAUCAGCUUUGACCGCUGCAUCUCUGUGCUGCUUCCUGUCUGGUCCCAGAACCACCGCAGUGUCCGACUGGCCUACAUGACCUGUGUGGCCGUCUGGGUUCUGUCUUUCUUCUUGAGUUCCCCAUCUCUUGUCUUCCGGGACAUUAACAAUACGCAUGGGAAAAUAACCUGCUUCAACAACUUCAGCUUGUCUGCCCCUGCAUCUUCCCCACACUCCACUAACUCCCAGGUGGAUCAUGUAGGGUUCAGAAGACACGUGGUGGUCACUGUCACCCGCUUCCUUUGUGGCUUCCUGAUUCCCGUCUUUAUCAUCACCGCCUGUUAUCUCACCAUCGUUUUCAAGCUGCAGCGCAAUCGCCUGGCCAAGAACAAGAAGCCCUUCAAGAUCAUCAUCACCAUCAUCGUCACCUUCUUCGUCUGUUGGUGCCCCUACCACACACUCUACCUGCUCGAGCUCCACCACACGGCUGUACCGAGCUCUGUCUUCAGCCUGGGACUGCCUCUGGCCACUGCCAUUGCCAUUGCCAACAGCUGCAUGAACCCCAUUCUCUACGUCUUCAUGGGCCACGACUUCAAGAAAUUCAAGGUGGCUCUUUUCUCCCGCUUGGUCAAUGCCCUGAGUGAAGACACGGGAGCCUCCUCCUACCCCAGUCACAGGAGCUUCACCAAGAUGUCCUCAUUGAAUGAGAAGCCUUCAGUGAAUGAGAAGGAGACCAGCGCACUUUGAGCCCUAUUGGCAAUGCCUCCAUGGGUGCCACAGCCCAGGGACACCCAGGGAUACCCAGGACUUGCCUCUUGAAGCAGGAGACAUGAUAGGAACCUGUCUGGUAUGCUCCAAUGUCACUACAUUUUGUACAUGUGCUCAUGUUUUGAGUAGGAUUCCAGAGUGUGGACACGGACACUCUUCCAGCAAAAUGGAAGUCAGAUCAAUCUGAGCCUCUGGAGCAGGAAGAGUAGGGGACCAGCUUUGACUGACUCAGAAGAGAACAGGGUUCUCCAUCCGGGCACAUAAUUUUCUGUGUGUGCUGCAGAGUCUCUAGUGUGGGUAAAGAACUCAGCGUAAACCCAUUGCAGACCUGUUAGAGCCCACAGGGCAGUCAAGCCAGCAAGCCUCCCCUGCCACUGCCACCAUCCUCCAAGAACUUGACUUUGGAUUUCAGAUGAGCUGGGAAGACCAGGACCCGAGGGGCUGCACGGAACCCUGCAAGGGAGAGGCCAGCUGUGGGUGGUGGUGGUGACAAAGCAAUGGAGGAGAGCAGAAACCCAAAGGAUGGAGGCACAGAACAUCAGCAGCAUGCCACAGGGAGAUGGUGCUCUAGUUUGUGGGUUCAGGUGGUGGCAGCCCUUUGCUUCCGUGCCUAUUGUAACCUGAGGCUGGUGGGGAGGAGGACAUCCUCGCCAAAGCUUCCUCUCCAUCUCAGGAUCUCUUCUCUCCUUCCCUAAUCCUCUCAGCUCUGGCUGGAAGGUCUUAGAAUACACCUCCCUGGGUGGAGGGUGGAGGGUAGAGGGAGGAAGGUGAGGGUGUCAUCUCCCCCAUCCAUCCUCUUUAAGCUUCCUGGAGACUAGAGAGUGGAGUUUUGAGACUCCAGGCUCAGAGCAUCCCCCAAAGCUGUCUCUGGGGGCUCUGCUGUGAAGCUGAUGAGCUGACUGACUCCUCCUUGAAUCACCCUUCCCAGGUGAGGCGGCACAUGGAUGGACUUUCUUCCCCAAAUCAGACACUUUCUCCUGGCAGGGAAGUCAAGACUUGAGGAGGGGAAAUGGCUCACUCCACACUCUUAGUGACAGACCUGAGCCCAGCUCUGCCUGGCUGCCUUCACCCCUACACUGAGGAUUUGAUACCCUGCAUUAUUUAAACAUAUUAAACUUAAAACAUUUACCAUGCAUUUAAAGUGUUUCACAUGUAUCUUCUCAUUCAUUCUUCACAGAAACCCUGAUUUAGGUCCUUAUACAUAUUAGGAGUCAGAGACUCAAAGAGGUUAAGUAACUGGGCAGUGGGACCAAGUGAGAUGCUGGCAGGCUGGAUUUGAACCUCAGUUUCCUGUCUCAAAGGAGAGGUGGAGUCAGAAAGAAACUAGUGGU